AUGUUAUCGGCGGCAAAACACAGUGUAAGGAAUCUGAUAGCACAACGUGCUUUCGCUCUCUCAGCACCUGCCUGUGAUGCCAAACGUGGGAAUAUUGCCAAUUACAAAGUCGUCGACCAUGCCUUCGAUGCAGUCGUUGUUGGCGCAGGUGGUGCUGGUCUUCGUGCUGCCAUGGGACUGUCCGAAGGAGGUCUAAAAACUGCUGUCAUUACCAAGAUUUUCCCCACUCGAUCUCACACUGUCGCCGCUCAAGGAGGAAUCAAUGCUGCCCUGGGAAGUAUGAACAAGGACGACUGGCGCUGGCAUUUUUACGAUACCGUCAAGGGGUCCGACUGGUUGGGUGAUCAGGAUGCAAUUCAUUAUAUGACUAGGGAAGCUUGCCGUGCAGUAAUUGAACUGGAAAACUAUGGAAUGCCAUUUUCUCGAACGCCGGAAGGAAAGAUUUACCAGCGGGCUUUCGGAGGGCAGUCGAACGAUUAUGGUCGAGGUGGACAAGCUCACCGGACAUGUGCCGUUGCUGACCGUACAGGACAUUCUCUUCUUCAUACCCUUUACGGUGCUUCAUUGCAGUACAACUGCAACUAUUUUGUUGAAUAUUUCGCGCUGGAUUUAAUCAUGGACAAGGGCGCCUGUGUUGGAGUUGUUGCCAUGUGCUUGGAAGAUGGAACAAUUCAUCGCUUCCGCUCCAAGAACACCGUGCUGGCCACUGGUGGAUAUGGUCGUGCAUACUUUUCGUGUACAUCUGCUCACACUUGCACUGGUGACGGCACUGGUAUGGUUGCUCGUGCUGGCAUCAAUAACACGGACAUGGAAUUUGUCCAGUUCCACCCUACUGGUAUUUAUGGUGCAGGGUGUCUUAUCACGGAAGGAUCUCGAGGAGAAGGCGGAUUUCUUGUGAACUCGAAAGGAGAACGGUUCAUGGAACGCUAUGCACCAAACGCCAAAGAUCUCGCUUCUCGUGAUGUGGUAUCUCGAGCAAUGACUGUUGAAGUAAUGGAAGGUCGUGGUGUAGGUCCUGAGAAGGACCACAUCUUCCUUCAAUUACAUCACUUGCCCGCUCAACAACUUCACGAAAGGUUGCCAGGUAUCUCAGAAUCUGCCAUGAUUUUUGCCAACGUUGACGUCACCAAGGAACCUAUUCCCGUUAUUCCAACUGUGCACUAUUGUAUGGGUGGAAUUCCGACCAACUAUAAGGGGCAGGUACUUAGCUACUCCAAAGACAAGGGAGAUCAGGUUGUCCCAGGACUAUAUGCCGCUGGAGAGUGCUCAGUUCAAUCAGUGCACGGUGCCAAUCGUUUGGGUGCGAACUCAUUGUUAGACCUUGUGAUCUUUGGAAGAUCUUGCGCUCUCACGAUCUUGGGGCACACUAAGCCAGGCGUCGGUGUUCCCGAUUUACCGAAGGAUGCCGGAGAGGCAUCUGUUGAUAAUAUCGAUACUCUCAUGCACAGAAAGGAUGGGCCAUCUACUGCCAAAACCCGUCUGGAGCUCCAAAAAACCAUGCAGAAGCACGCCGCUGUAUUCAGGCGUGGGGAUAUUCUUCAGGCGAGUGAAGGUGUCAAAAAAGUGGAAGACAUCUACAAGAACUACCACAACCUCCAUGUCACCGACACCAGCCUUAUUUGGAACACUGACCUCAUCGAGACACUGGAGCUCCAGAACCUUCUGAUUAGUGCCCUACAAACUGUUGUUGCUGCCGAAGCCCGAAAGGAAUCACGCGGUGCACAUGCUCGCGACGACUUCCCAACACGUAUCGAUGAGUACGACUACAGCAAGCCGCUUGAGGGACAGAAAAAGAAGCCAUUAGAGGAACACUGGCGCAAGCACACGAUGAUCACUACUGACAUCAAAACUGGUAAAGUGAAGCUCGAAUACCGCCCCGUUAUCGACACCACUAUGGAUAAAAAUGAGGUUGACUGGAUUCCUCCGAAGGUCCGUUCGUAUUGA